CGAUCGUUUAUUCAAGGAGACGCCGCUGACGACACCACGACACCUCAUGGAUGUCUCAACCCUCCAGGACCUCCUUCGAGAUCCCACCAAGAAGCAUAUCGUAGACACUGUCGACGCGCUAGGGCUUGGAUCUGCAGAGGCGCAACACUUGAAGGCACCUCUCACAUCUGUCGCGCUUGUACUUGAGCAACAGCAUACGCUUUACAUUGCACACGACACGACUGUCCCAUGGGGAGUCCUCAAAGUCGGCAGGAAGCAUCUCUUCUACUCCGUACGUCGUCGUUCCAUGGGCACGUAAUUCCUUAUGACGUUGAUAACGCCACCAAACAGAAACCCCGCGGUGGCUUCAUCGAGAUGGAUCCAUUGUGCGUGUUGGAUUUCUACGUCCAUCCAGAUCGGCAGCGCCACGGCUUGGGCCUUCAUUUGUUCACGUCAAUGCUCGAGCGCGAAUCGGUAGCGCCCCAUCAACUCGCUUACGACCGGCCAUCCCCAAAGCUCUUUCCCUUCCUUCGCAAACACUUCAAACUCGACUCAUACGUGCCCCAGUCGAAUCGGUUUGUCGUGUAUGACGCCUACUUUUCUGCGUAAUUCACAAUCUCUCCACGAUGACCAAGUCUCGAGGGUCAUUGACAUGCCAUUCACGGUACAAACGGCCCUCUCGUUCCCUGCUAUCCUCACAGGACCUUGGCUGCGAUACUGUGUUCCUUUUGUUGGGGUACAGAAGACCAACAACUCACGGCGUCUCAUGUAUGGCUUACUGGGUGACUCACUGAGUCGUCGUCCGCCAACUAUAGCCCAGCCACCGCCGCACCACAUGAUUAUAUGCGUAUUUAUUGAUUUAUAUGCAAAAAUAAACACUAGAUCACAUUUGGCUACAC